AACACCUCCAAAUCAUGUCUCCCUACAAACCCUAUUUUGUCUCUCCAAACCUUUAUUUUAAAAACCCACCGCCAUCUAGUUCAAAUCUAUCACUCACUCAAAUCUCUCACUCUCUUGCUCUCUCUCGAUUCUUCUUCAGAGCGAUUGCAAUUUCGAAAUUUCGAAGAGCCAACCAAUCUACAUUCGUAUGGCUUCAAUCUCGUAGUUUCUUAGAGCGAUUGCAAUUUCGAUUUCAAAGUUCGAUUUUGAGCACUGCCAUCUACAAUCUCAGAAAAACCAAUCAAAUCCUUCAAAAUCUGCUUCAGCUCCGUGAUUUAUCUCAGAAUGGCAUCACGGCGAUUUCGAUUUUGAUUUCGAAGCUCUCUCUGUCUCUCGAUUUCAAAGAUCAAGGCAUUGCAUAUGCGGAGAUCAAGGCAUUGAGAGAAAGCAGAAAGCAUUAUGCAAAGGCUGGGCUUAAAACAUGCUUGGUGAUACAAUCCCAAGAUCCUACUGCUGACUAUCUUCUAAAUUGUAAGGUUGGAACUUCUCCAAUCACAUGCAACAACAACCUUUCGGUUGUUAGGCUAGAAACUACUAAAAUGCUGAUUGAACCUCUCAAUCGGCUAAAGCAAGCAGAUGCUCAUCUUAAUAUGACCCAAGGAGUGCUUGAAGGGGUGGUUUGAGAAGAGCUUGGGGUUCUCCCUGGCAUGGAUUCUAUAUUUUCAGCCUUAACACUUCAGAGACUUGUAGGAUUCUCCGAGAAUGUUGCUCAAAGAAACCAGCAGGAAGAUAAAUUUGAUGUAAUUGUAUAUGAUGGUAUUAGUACUGAAGAAACUAAUUGGACUAUUUAAUUCUGUUCAUUUCUCUGCAUGUUGUGUGGUUUGAAAAUUUAAUAAAGCCUAGAAUUAGGUGAGGCUAAGGAUUAUAAUUUCUUUAUCAAUUGAAGAAUAAGUUUAUUUAUA